UUACCAUGUAGCGCUUACUGGCUCUGCACAAUUUGCUUGCAGAGCAGAGAUUAGCAGUGCUUCUGCAAGGAGACAGUACUUUCCAGCAGCCAGGGGGUUAAUUUUUAGUAUUCUUGACCUAUGCUUCUCUGUAUGGGAGACAGGCGGAGGUUAUGUGGACUGCUGUGUGAGGACGUCCAUCUCUGAGUGUGUAAGGAGAAGCGCAGAGCCGCCGGUGUGAUAAACGUAGUGAUUUAUUUACGUGUGGGAGAGACUGUUAUAACAGGGUGUAUGCAGGAGUCACAAGCCCCUGACACCUAGUCCUGAAAGAGUGACUGAAAGUCCAACAUUUUCUCCAACCAGACGUACCAGCACACCACAGGAUGUUGAUAGAAUUCCUGAAACAAGCCAGUCAAGAUUUGGGAGAAAGCUCUCAACAAAAAAAUAAAAAAAGAAGUUCCACUGAAAUAAAAAAUGGAAAAUCCAAAAAAAAAUCUAAACACGUGGAACAAAUGAUCGAUCCAACAGAUUUUGAAACAGAGGAGGUCAUUAACUUAGUGCCGGAAAGACCAUCACUGUGGGACAAAAAACAUCCUCGACAUUCAGACAAUGUCUUUAAUAGAAGGAGGUGGAACAAAAUAUAUGAAACAUUAUUUCCUAACUAUGAUAGCUUCGGAGAUAAUCGCAAAGAGGUCAUAGCAAAACUUGUCCGUGAUAGUUAUUUCAAGUUUCUAAGGGAUAGGCAACAACCAAGUGGUUCGGGUACCAAAAAAUGCCAAUACAAGCAUGCGGUUCGGCUGCAAUUUCUGCACAAAGUCCAAGAGCUAGACCAUCCGGAAGCUGGCCCCUUUUUCUUCCAGUGGCUUGCUGUGCACCUCGGCCUCCGCCAUGUUGUGUUCGCGACGAAUCUGCGGCAUCUUCCGGCGCAUGUGCAGGGUGGCCAUGGUGUGCAUGGUUACUAUUCCUACAAUCAUGUCCAGUAACUUGCAGAUUAAUGGCAGUGUAACCCCCACUCAACCCAUGGACCUCCAAUCAGAAGAAUCCAAGCUCACCACAAACAGAUGACCAGAUGACCACCGCUUCUAAUGGAGUGAAGAAGGCUACCCAUUCCUCAGCAUCACGUGGUUGGAAGAUGACAAAGAUCAAGUUGUCAAGACUGGGUUUGGAUGACAUCGCGAGACAGGAGAACCCAGAACCAAAGAAUACCCUCCAGCACAUUUUGGAAAAUGCUUUGGCCACCACAAGGAUGCUUUAAAGAAACUGUCUCAAGAGAAGCUAUAAAUAAGGGAUGUAGCUCUAACAAUCGCCUAGCCCUAGAUUCUUGCAGCAGCUACAUAGUGAACAAUGAGGGCGACAUUAACCAUGAUCAAUGUAGACUAACAGCGAUCAAAACUCCAUGGAACACCGGAUUAUUUUGGUGGAUGGGGAAACGGGGGGAAUAUGAUUACUUUGUAUUUCUUUGUUUUAUGGAGAUAUACAUGUUGUAUGUUUGGUAAACUAGCAGACAUGGAAUUUAGGGGAUCACCUAACAUUGGUAAAUUAUGCAAGAGGUGGAAUGUUAUGGAUAUUGAAAUUAUGUGUUUUUACAUCCAUAAUAUCCCAUGUAGUAUAAAUUUCCCUGCCCCCACAGUCUAAAGCUUAGUCACAUACAGCCACAGUAGGCGGGGCUAAAGAACCUGUUUUUCCAGGUUAUUUGAGGAGAGCAGGCAGACACUAGGCAAAAGGGGUGGGGCAUUAGGGGAUUUCACUGGAAAUCAUAUGGCCCUCUGUCUCUUUGCUUUUGGAUCUUCGUUGAAGAGGGGAGCAUCUUCUGCUCCUUAGCCUGGGAUGGAUAAGUAUAUUGAUUGUAUCAUUUCUACACUAAAUAUUCAUGUAUCACUUGGGUAGAUUCAGGCUAGUUUGCUAAACAUAGAGUAUGUACUAUUGUAUUAAUGCUUGCAUGUAUGUCUUAUUUGGUUUAGCUAAUA